UAUAUGAUUGUUUAUUUAACUAACAAAAAGAAAAAAAGAAAAAGGUGAAAAUGAGCAAAACUGCAAAGCCUCCAUUUUCGUAUAAGCAAGCGUGGACUUUCUAGUUUCUACUAAAAGUUUGUUCAGAUCCUAUCCUAUACACACACCUUUCUGUUUAAUUUUCUUUUUCUCCAAAUUGAAGAGUAAACUCCAAUCAUCAAAUCUGUACACAAACACCCACUUUUUCCAACAAUACUACAACAAAAAUCAAGUUUUUUUUUUUUUUUGAUAAUUUACAGAGAAUUACAAGGAAGAAAUGCUAAAUUAAUUUUCUACAUAUUUGUAUAAGAAGAAAAAAAAAAUACCCAGAAAUUAUGGCCGAAAAUGAAGGAUCAUCAUCUUCUUCAACGUCAAGAGGUCAAUUACUCCGUCCAACUAUUACUUUACCGCCGAGAAGUUCUAUUGAGAGUCUAUUUUCAGGCGGGUCAAGCGGUAUUAGCCCGGGUCCGAUGACCCUUGUAUCCAGUUUCUUCUCCGAUAACGAUCCAGAUUCUGAGUGUCGUUCAUUUUCACAGCUUCUCGCCGGUGCAAUGACACCUCCGGCGGGUUUUACCGGUGGUAGACCGGGUUUCCCGCCACUUCCGCAACCAUCUACGGCGGCGAUAACUCAGUCACCGACUACGUUUACUGUGCCGCCUGGAUUGAGUCCAACUAGUUUGUUUGAUGGGUUCUUCUCACCUGGGCAGGGUCCUUUUGGAAUGUCACAUCAGCAAGUGCUUGCUCAACUUACAUCUCAGGCAUCCCAGGUUCAGUCUCAAAUGCACAUUCAGCCUAACUAUCCAUCUUCUGCAACGGCAGCUGCACCAUCAAUGUCACAGUUCCAGUCCUUACCAUCAAAUGCAGCAGCAAACCGACAGAUACCUCCCACUUUGGAUCCUAACAUCGUGAAAGAGUCAUCAGAUGUUUCCCUAUCUGAUCAGAGGUCAGAACCUGCUUCCUUCGCUGUUGACAAACCUGCUGAUGAUGGCUACAACUGGCGGAAGUAUGGGCAGAAGCAGGUCAAGGGAAGUGAAUAUCCUCGUAGCUAUUACAAGUGUACAAAUCCAAAUUGUCCAGUCAAGAAGAAGGUUGAGCGCUCCCUAGAUGGCCAGGUGACUGAGAUUAUAUACAAGGGCCAACACAACCAUCAGCCACCUCAAGCUAGUAAGCGUUCAAAAGAAUGUGGAAAUCCAAAUGGGAACUAUAAUCUGCAGGGGCCCUAUGAGCUCAGCUCAGAGGGUCUGACAGGAAAUUUUAACAAACCCAAGGAGGGCGAACCUUCCUACUCGUUAAGAAUGAAGGAUCAAGAAUCCAGCCAAGUAAAUGAUCAGACCUCUGGCUCAAGUGACAGUGAGGAAGUGGGUAAUGCAGAGACUAGAGUGGACGGAAGGGACAUUGAUGAACGGGAAUCAAAGCGGAGGGCUGUAGAAGUACAAAGUACAGAGGCAGCUUGUUCUCACCGGACUGUUGCAGAACCUAGGAUCAUUGUUCAAACAACUAGUGAAGUUGAUCUAUUGGACGAUGGUUAUAGGUGGCGAAAGUAUGGUCAGAAGGUUGUUAAAGGAAACCCUUAUCCAAGAAGCUAUUACAAAUGUACUAGCCAGGGAUGUAAUGUAAGAAAGCAUGUUGAACGGGCUGCAAGUGACCCUAAAGCAGUCAUAACAACAUAUGAAGGUAAACAUAAUCAUGAUGUGCCUGCAGCCAGGAAUAGUAGCCACAAUACUGCCAAUAAUUCUAUGUCACAAUUGAGGCCACACAACCCUGUAGUUGAUAAACCAGCUGCAAUGCGAAGAGCGGACUUUCAGAGAAAUGAACAACAACCUAUAGCGCUUCUACGCUUCAAAGAAGAACAAAGUACAUGAUUUAUCAAAUCUUCAUUCCAGCAAGGUAAUCAACAUGGCAGCCAGUAGAUGGCUGUAAUUUAUUACUGAAUGGUUCUAGUUCUCGCGUUUGCAAUGUUGAUGAUGGUCUCUCCCAACAAUCAUGAAACGAAAAUGGUACAGAAGUUGCGUUGACACGAAAUAAUGGGUCAGGAAGGAGUGGUUUGAAUAUAAAAUUGUUUGUAAAUGUUCUCAAAAGGGGCAUAGAGUUGUUAGCUAUGGUAUUUCUAUAUGCAUUCUUUCUGUAAAUGUUUUUAUAUUCCCACAUGUUUUGGUCUUUUAUCUUGUAAUCGUUUUAUAAUUAGGCCUUUCAUCUGAAUCUGAAUGAUGUUGCAUUAAGUUUUUGGACAAAUCUUCUUUCUGUUAUGAA